CGCUAGCAGCCCACCCCGUGGCUUGGCUCCGGAGGCGGGCGGUCCUUUCUUAACAGGAGGGGGCCACAGAGAGAGGAGGGUUUGCAGAUUAGGGUUUAGGGGACCACGUGACCCUCCCCCAGGAAUGCGGUGACGUCAGGGGGCGGGGCCGUCCCCAAAAUUGGGGAAGAAGGGGGAAAAAAGCCAGAAAAAGUUUCUUUGCGGGAGUCCCAAACCGGGCGUGGGACGGAACAGGAGGGAAGGGGCUCAAAGCUCCGGGCUCCGGGCUUGUGGGACCCUGACCUCUGUCUGGAGUGGAGUAGUCAUCCCAGACCAUGUCGGGGCCCACUUGGCUUCCCCCGAAGCAGCCAGAGCCCUCCAGAGUCCCUCAGGGAAGAGCGCUUCCCCGAGGCGCCCUGGGGCCGCCACCGGCCCACGGAGCAACACUCCAGCCCCACCCCAGGGUCAAUUUUUGCCCCCUCCCACCUGAACAAUGUUAUCAGCCUCCGGGGGUACCUGACGAUCGGGGGCCUACCUGGGUGGGACCCCAUGGAGCGCCCCAGCGUCUGCAGGGGCUCCCGCCAGACAGGGGUGUCAUCCGUCCUGGAAGCCUGGAUGCUGAGAUAGAUUCGCUCACUAGCAUGUUGGCUGAUCUGGACGGGGGUCGCAGUCAUGCUCCUCGGCGGCCAGACCGACAGGCUUUUGAGGCCCCUCCACCCCAUGCUUACCGCGCAGGCUCCCUGAAGCCCAGUGGAGGUGCCGUUCCAACCCCUAUGCUCCCAGCAUCCCCCUAUGGCGGACCUACCCCAGCCUCCUAUGCUACAGCCAGCACUCCGGCUGGUCCUGCUUUCCCUGUACAAGUGAAGGUGGCUCAACCUGUGAGAGGCUGUGGACUGCCAAGGCGGGGAGCCUCUCAGGCCUCUGGGCCUCUUCCAGGCCCCCACUUUCCUUUACCAGGCCGUGGUGAAGUCUGGGGGUCUGGCUAUAGGAGCCACCGCGAGCCAGGAACAGGGGUAAAGGAGGAUGCCGCUGGGAUACUCGGCCCUGCAGGAGGAAGAGGAGGCGGGCAUGGGCCCCAGGUCCCUUUAAGCCAACCUCCGGAAGAGGAGCUAGAGAGACUGACCAAGAAAUUGGUGCAUGACAUGAGCCACCCGCCCAGUGGAGAGUACUUUGGUCGGUGUGGUGGUUGUGGCGAAGAUGUGGUUGGCGAUGGAGCUGGGGUUGUGGCCCUGGACCGCGUCUUCCAUAUUGGUUGUUUUGUGUGUUCAACCUGUCGGGCCCAGCUCAGGGGCCAGCAUUUCUAUGCUGUGGAGAGGAGGGCAUAUUGUGAGAGCUGCUAUGUGGCUACCCUGGAGAAGUGUUCCACGUGCUCUGAACCCAUCCUGGACCGAAUCCUGAGGGCUAUGGGGAAGGCUUACCACCCUGGUUGCUUCACCUGUGUGGUGUGUCACCGUGGCCUUGAUGGCAUCCCUUUCACGGUGGAUGCCACCAGCCAGAUCCACUGCAUUGAGGAUUUCCACAGGAAAUUUGCACCUCGCUGCUCAGUGUGUGGUGGGGCCAUCAUGCCAGAACCAGGUCAGGAGGAGACGGUGAGAAUUGUCGCUCUGGAUCGAAGUUUCCACAUUGGCUGUUACAAGUGUGAGGAGUGUGGGCUGCUGCUGUCCUCUGAGGGUGAGUGUCAAGGCUGCUACCCGCUGGAUGGGCACAUCUUGUGCAAGGCUUGCAGUGCCUGGCGCAUCCAAGAGCUCUCAGCCACCAUCACCACUGACUGUUGACUCUUCCUAGAAGAACCUGCUGGAAAUCUCAGCCCCCAUUCAUCACCUCCCCUGACAUCCACCUUUACUGUUUGUCACCAAAUGCUGUCGCUUCUUCCUCUCUUCAUGAAAUAAUAAUCCGUGAAGAGUUUAAAAGCAA